AUGUCAAAAAGAAAGCAGCCAAACCUCAGUCAAUUUGGAUUUACAAAACAAACGAAGAGGAGUGAUGACAGCGCACCAGCUACAACUAGCUUGCCGGUGAUACCGUCGGCGCCGCCGCCGCUAAAAGUUGCUGCUAGUGACAGCACCAGCACCGAGGAUAGCGAGACUUUGGCGCCAGAAACCACCGCUGCGACCUGCAGCGGACCAGGCGAUCAUGCAACACCUUUCAACUGGACAACAAAGCAAUGGAGUGAGUGGAGAAUCAGGAAUACAUGGCUCUACUCCAAAAAUCAGAAGUUAGGAUGUACAGUAUGCAUGGAGGCAAAAAGCCUGUUGCUCGCCGAAAGAGCAACGGGAGUACAUCUGUCAGAGGAAUGGAUGAAUGGAGAGGUCAGCAGCGAGUCACAGAAUAACCUGCGGAAAAAGAUUUACAAGCAUCGGGACAGUUUGGCACACAAAAGAGCGGUUGAGAUUUCGGAGAUGAAGGAAAAGGAUGUGCUCCCAAACAAGGUACUUGAAGUAAAUGCUAAUUUAAUGCAAGAAACAGCUACGUCUUUCAGAUCUGCUUAUAUGGUGGCCAAGGAAAAAAUGGCCUACAGAAAGCUCCCUGCUGUAAUGUCCCUUCAAAAACUUAAUGGUGCAAACGUGGGAAAUGUGCACAAAUCAGACCAUGCUUGUGCUGAAAUAAUCGGACAUAUCGCCAGUGAAAUGAGAGCUAAAUUUGUUUCAAAAAUAAAAGAACUGGGAUCACGAAUCAGUAUCACGAUAGAUGAGAGCACAGUUCAUGGCCUGGCUUAUAUGAUCAUUUAUGUGCGGUGUGACAUGACAGGAACGGGGGAAGUGGAUAAUGUUUUUUUAGAUAUCGUUGAGCUUUCAGAAGGCACGGAUGCCGAAUCGAUGUACAAAAGUUUGAGGAACAGCUUGAGACAAGCGGGACUGGAUGAUGAGUUUCUGGGAAAAAAUCUCAUCUGCAUUGCAACGGAUGGAGCAGCGGUACUGACGGGCAGAGUCGGCGGACUCGUCACUAAACUCAAACAAGAUUUUCCCAAAGUUCAGUCAAUACACUGUCUAGCUCACCGACUUGAGUUAGCUGUCAAAGACUCACUUAAGGAAGUAGCUGGAUGUAACCAAUUUGAGUUUUUUAUCUCAAAACUUUACGCCCUCUAUAACCAGUCAUCAAAAAACGCCCGUUUGCUCCAGGAGGCAGCUACAGGUUUGAACAUGCAAAUCCUAAAAAUAGGUCAAAUCUUUACAAUUCGUUGGGUGGCUAGUAGUUUUCGCACUGUGAAGGCAGUAUGGAACGAUUAUCCUGCACUGGCGCACCAAUUCAGAACAGCCAUAGAAGACACAUCUCGCUGCGACACAGAGAGGCAGAAAUUCAGGGGCCUGCACAAACUCCUUACAAGCACAGGUUUUUUGGCUGAUUUGGCAUGUAUGAAGGAUGUCCUGCGAGAAUUACAAAAUCUGUCGCUAAAACUGCAACGCAAACAAACAUCUUUAGUUGAUGCAAGUUGCCACAUUCAGCAGACCAUUGACGUCUUGACAGCCAUGAAAGCAAGUGGAGGAAAAUCCACACAAAAAGCCGAACAACGCAUAUCGACUGGCCUGUUCAAAGAUGUUGAGCUUUCAGAGAGCAGGCCGAAGAUAAACCGUCUUCACCUAAAGAAGAGACUGCCCGAACCGGACCUUGUCCAGAUGCUGAAACCGCUGGAUAAACGCUUUUGGCCACAGCAACAUAGCGCCCGUAUCCUAUAUGGGGAAACUGAGGUUCGAGCAUUGGCAAAAACACUGGGAGAACCGGCCCGAGAGGCUGUCGAGGAGUUCCGGGACUUUAAAUUGCAAAACAGAGCACCAGGGAAAACGCUUGUCAAACUUCAAACAGCAAGUCUGACCUACUUGCCGUCCUCAGCUGAGUGUGAGAGGGGAUUUUUUGCCGUGAAUUCUACUGACAGCAAGUAUCGCAACAAGUUGCGUGAACAAAGCCUCUCCUCGCUUCUCUUCGUGGAUCUGAAUGGACCCCCUUUGGAGCAAUUUGACCCUCUGCCUUUUGUAUCAUCUUGGAUUAAAGCCGGUCACCGACCCUCAACAUCCUGGGUUACAGGACGGAAAGCAAAGACAGAAGACCCCAGGCCUCUGUGGUCACUUCUGAUUUAA